ACCGUGGUUAAAGUUUUCACUUGUGGCUGUGGGAAACAGUGGGGAAAAGUCACAUGUAAAAUCGGAUAUCUAUGCCAUGAAGGUGACACGCUUAAACGUCAUAACUUUAGAAACAAAUCUGGCAGUUUCCAUUUCCUUCCUUCCUCAAAUCUUUUGUCUCUAGGGUUUCUCCUUUCAUGGUUUCCUCAGUAUAACUAAAUGGAUUUUGCCCUCCACAAAUCCUCCUGUGAUGUUUACUGCGAUCAUGGCAAGGAGAACGAAUCCUUUUGUUGGUUUGAUAACCAUAAUUAUUAUAACUAUGUUAAUGCUAACGGUACGAGUGGAAAGCAUUGACUCGACUACCUGCGUGUGCAAGGGGAACAUUUGCAACGCAGUAACCCUGGGUGCUGUCGAUUUCCAGACAUCGGGGGAAAAAUGCCAAAAUAUGGAAGGAGAGUUAUUGACCGUUCGAUCUGCAGCAUCAGACGAAAUUAUUGGAGAUUUGCUUGUAGACGUAACGGGAGACUUCUGGAUCGGGUUGCGUCUACCAGCUGACCGAUGUAGCAACAUCGAAUCGACAUUGAGAGGAUACCAGUGGGCAACUGGAUUUCAAGUCACAGAAUUCAGCAACUGGAAAGACACCGUAAAUGUCUGCGCUCCACGGUGUGUGUCCGUUUCUACCGAUCGAAUGUGGACGGAACGACCUUGCCAGGAAAAAGUCGAGGGAUUUUUGUGUCAGAAUGUUCAUAAAAGCACGUGCCAAACACCGCAUAUGGAGGCUCAGGAGUUCUCUCAUCAAGACGUCAUCUAUAGUAAUGAAGGAUGCGCUGGGGCUCCAUGCGAACAUAUAUGCACAGAGGCACCAGGGGGCUACACAUGCUCGUGUUAUGAACGCUAUAUUCCAAGUAGCGAAAACCCCAACUUGUGUAAAAUGCACUGUCCUUUGGCCAAAUGUCCAGUAAUAUGCGACAGACACAGCGCUGGGGCACAAUGUGAUUGUCCUAGUGGCUUCAUAAAGAGUGAUGAUUAUUGCCAAGACAUUGACGAAUGCGAGAAUGGAUAUUGUGAUCAACGUUGUGAUAACACGUUUGGAGGUUUUGUUUGUUCAUGCAGAGCAGGAUUUUCCCUUCAAAAUCUCGUUAAAUGUGUCAAAACAGACGGAAAUGAAAGUGUUCCCUUAACAACGCCUGUCCACAGCGACUUUUUAGCGCCAGGUUUUAACUUUACAAAUAAUGUAUCAUCAGCAACAGCGGGGGGAUUUAUUUGGGUAUGGAUUUUCAUUGCAGUGGCGGUCAUAGUGCUGAUACUUGUUGUUCGGUAUUGUGUUAUUAAGCGUCAUGAGCAGAAUGUUGAUAGCCAACAGAGAUGUAAUGAUGAGGCGUUAUAGAAACCAGUGACUGCCACAUUUAUGGAAUGAGCAAAAGCUACUCAAGUUGGGGAGGGGGUUAAUGCUACUGUUGUGACUGUUGUUCAAUAUUACUUGUAUAGCCAUGUUGUCAUAAAUGUUAUGAAACCUAAAUAAAGAUGUCUAAAUAAAGCUGUCUAAAAGAAACAACGAAUGACUUAUAGCAUUUCCAUAUGUAGAACAUUCUCAUAAUGGUUGCUAAAUAGUGUAUGAUAAAAAAAAAAAAGUAUAAACGGUUUAUGAAUAGUAAAAUUUCAAAAUAAAAGUUAACAUUUCGUUGAUGGAUAGAUACCCUACAAAUGAUGCAUACACAUUUACAGACAAGGGCAUAUGGUUCUUUAAAUCAAAGUAAAAUAACAAUUGGUUGCUUAAUGUCACGGACCAUUAAUGCUUUUGAUAAUAUUAAUGUAGCCUAAUUAUUAUACUUCAUGUGUUAUAAUUAGUACUACACUAUGAAUUGUCAAAAUGUACAAGCUGAAGGAGGUCCUGAGCUUACACAUGAUGUUGUAUUCAGAUUUGGUAGAAUCACUUUUUUCUACCCUGUUGUUAUUAUCGGUAUUGUAAAAUUAAGCCCCAAGAACAUCCAUCGGGGACACAUUGUUGUUACUUUAUUUGGUGAAAUAAAAAUAU